CCUUCCCCAUUCGCUCUCCUUCUCUCCCGCCUGUAGCUGAAGAGAAACAAACAAGAAAACUGUGAGAUCAGUGAGAUCUCUACCGCCAUUUCAUCGGCAAAAGAAUCUCUCCAAUGGUUUCUCUGUGAGUUUUCCAGCCGGUCCUCUUCUUGCUCUUCCUCUUCAUCCGUUCAUAAACUUCCUCUUCCUAAUUUGGCGCAAUGGUGGACAGUGAUUACUCGGCUGUGCCCAAGGACUCGCGAUUCCCAAAAGCUUUUCGCAACCUCGAACUGCCCUCCUCCUCCUCAUCCUCCUCCUCCUCCUCCUUUUGAUGAUUGGGGUUUCUCCUGUUAAACGAGUUUGAAAGCAAUGCUCUCCGCCCAGAAGUCUUGGGCUCGUUUCUUGAAGCGGUACUCGGUGACACGAAGGGGAUGCUGCCGUUCCUCCAGCAGCAACAAGGGCAGUAAAAGGGGGAGCGCCAGUGGCCAUUCUGAAGAUGGCGGCAAGAACAGCUCGAGCUUGAGCAGCUACAAUGAGACGUAUAACAAGCUCAACAAUCUCGAUUUCACGACUGUUGGUCAUGACACCCUAGCAGAAAGGGCUCAUCUUGCUGUUUUACCUCCUGAAGAGGAUUUCCUGUGCACAGUCCAUGUAAAUUCCAAAUUGAUGGCUUCUGAUGGUUCGACUUCUACGGACUUAGGAGAUCAUCUUGGAGAUAUGGACUUUAAAAUUGCUGGAACUAGGAAAGGGAUCACUGCAAUUCAGCUGGACAUAAAGCCAGCUGGAAUCCCUUCAGACAUGAUUUGCCAGUGCCUGGAACCUGCAUGUGAAGGACGCCUUCAGAUAAUUGACCACAUGGAGCGAGAAAUAAGUGCCCCAAGUACUCAAGAUGAUAGGAACCCUCCUCGAUUAGGUGCUCAAAUGUUAGGGAGUGCUGAAGCGCCAUCCAUGGUGACCGAGAAUCAAUCUAUAAUAGAUAAGGUUUCUCGGAAGCGGGCUUUCAUCAUUGGAGUGUCAUAUGUCUUCAACGACCAAUUUUCAGAACUCUAUGGCACCAUCAAUGAUGCCAACCAUAUCAGAAACCUGUUAAUCAACGACCUCAGUUUCCCCCCAUCUUCCAUUCGCCUCUUAACUGAUAACGAUUUGGAUAGUUAUCAGCGUCCAACGAGGCAAAAUAUUAUUAUGGGCAUGCGAUGGCUCGUUGAAGGGGCAAAAUCUGGAGAUUUAUUGUUCUUUCAUUUUUCCGGACACGGAGAUUUAUUCGAAAUCUUCGGUUCGCACCUUGUGGACGAAGAAGCUAUUCAGUCUAGUUUGAUGAAUAGGAUUAUGGUGAACCCUCUUCCUAUCGGGGUCAAACUUUUCAUGACUAUAGACUGCUGUAGAGCUGUCACUGCCAUGAACCUUCCCUUUCAAUAUCAAAUGAAAAGGAGGGGCAAAUAGAAAUGUGAGGACCAUUGGUGGAUCGUCGGCCUCGAUUUGGUCCUUGUCCAACAACUAGUGGUGGAGAGGUUAUUUGCUUAUCCGCUUGCGGCUACGACGAAUUGGCUAUUGAAGAUUCUAAUGAAGACGGCAAGAUUGGCGGAUUGAUGAGUUGUGCAUUCAUCAAGGCUGUGAAGUCUGGACACAGAACUUAUGGAGGCAUAUACGAGUCGAUGUGGAAGACCAUGGCAAAAAUUCUCCGUCGGAGCCCACAUCAUCAGACACUACAAUUAACUGCGGUUAAACCAUUCCCCGUAUACAUUGCCUAUGCUUUGUCGCAAAAGUGGAAAAGCCUCCAGUGUUGUUGAGUAUCUUGUUCAGGUGUUUUUCAAACAUUUGGAUUCCCAAGUUGUUGAGAACAAGCAGUUGGUAGGCUCAAAGAGUUUAGGGAUGUAUUCUAUUGCUACCUUGUGGUAAAUUGCCUUUCGAUGGCCUACAUUGUGUUAUUCUCAUCAGUAAGAUGGGUGUUAUUCGAUGCCCAUUUUUACAGAAGUUCUCGUAUAUAAAGUAAUUUAUAUCAUUUUCUUUUCUCCGAAUUACUGUUAUUUUCUUUGCAUCAGCAACUAGGUCAGUCUCUUUUUUGUCUUGGUGUGCUUAUCCGGUAUUGAAAUUUCCUUUUGUCUUCCUCUAGUAAGAAAAGGAUUGAUGUUGCGAGCAGCCUCGGCUUGUUUAAAAUAUAUCUUCAGAUGGAUGACUUUGUUUUGAAGGUUAGAUCUUUGCAGGAUGCUGGCAACUUUCUCCUCUGAUGCUGACUCCCACCUCAAGAUGCAAGCAUUGCAAAACAUGUAUGAGUAUCUUAUUGAUGCUGAAAAGUCAAAUGGGAACAAAAAAGGCUGGGAAUACUGCAACUCCUUACCCCGAAGAAGCCAACUCUAGUGUACCUGUUGCAGGUGCAGGAGAUACUAAUAUAUGUGGGGGGGAGUCGUUCAGUUAUAUCGGGAUAAAAUAUUGGACAGGUGCAUAGACUUUAAUGAACAAGUUCGUCAGACUGCUGUCAAGAUUGUGGAGGUGGUUCUGCUUCAGGGUCUUGUUCAUCCUAUCACCUGUGUUCCGUACCUCAUUGCGCUUGAAACUGAUCCCAGGAGGCAAAUUCAAAGCUAGCUCGUCAUUUGCUGAUGAAUAUGAAUGAUAAGUACCCAGCCUUUUCUGAAAGCAGGUUAGGGUGGGUUCAGACGUCAUUUAUUUUUUCCUCUGAAGAUGCCAGCCAGAUUAAUUUCAAGGUCCUGGAAAUACGAGGGGAAGUCUGACAGGGCAGCAUUAGCCCAAAAGCUAGGGUUGGAGUCUCUCGGAUCUACAAGCUUAUACGUGGAAAUCAGGCACUGUACAAAAAUACUUGCUUUAUUACCGUUCACCGUGCCUGUCGAGCUGCUCUAUUUGAUUUAUUCUAUAAACCAAAUAAUACAAGUUAGGGCUGGUGCCAUUGAGGCAAAACUUGAAGGCAUUUUGUUCAAGGUUGUCUUCAAGAGGAGGCCAGGACACAGGCCACAGUAAUGGAAGUAUCCAACAGGAGGAAGUUGCUCAACCUUUGUUUGGUAACUCAAGAGCUGUAGAUCUGAAUGGGACGACGGUUCAGGAAGAGUCAUUUUUUCAGCCAGUUCAAGGCCAUAUGGGAUCACUGGAUCUGAAUGGCAGAAUCACUGGAUCUGAAUGACAGAAUCCCGUCUGAGGCGGUUGAUAAAUCUGGUGCUAACGGCAGUGCUUAUACUGAAGGAGAAGCCCAUUUUUUGGGUUCAAGUGAACCUCAUGGAAUAUCCGGUGACAACAUGCAGAGAGAAUCCUAGCGGAUUGUCUAGCGGCUACUACCUAGCAGCUCCUGCUGAAGCUAAAAAAGCACUUGAAGAUUAUGUUUACUCUCAACAAUGCUCGGUGCCAGGCUCUCUCUCCGACUGAACCCACCCUUGAAACCGGGUGAUGAUCUCACGAAGCAAAAUAUUCCCUUCAAUCUCAGCGGCACCCGAAGCAAUUUGCCUUUUGACUCCCCAAGAAGUAUUUCAAAGAUAUCAGGUGACUUAAAACUAAGAUCUUGGUUAAUCCUCUUAUUUUGUCCUUUUAUUGAACUUUACCCUGCCUUUUAGUUUCGUAAGUUAGAAGUUCUGACUUCUGAGUGCUGGCUAAUGUAAAGCACAUUUGCACUAAGAUAACCAGUGGUAAUGAAAUUCUAGUCAUUGCGGGAUCUCUUGGCUACAUGUUCUAAUCUGUAAAGAUAGACUGAAUCUGUUUUGGGGAAGUGAGAUUAGAUCGACUUCUUCCAUAGUUCAGGGACACUUGAAUUGGAUUUCUGGUUUGAGAGUAUAUAGAAGGGACCUUCGUCUAGGAGAGGGUCUGAACGAGCAGCAGUGGCAGAUGAUGAAGACCACAACGAGGAGGCCUAUGCAGGGGGGAGCCCGUAUAGCAAGCAGUGGCAGAAGAGGCAGUUACAGGACAAGGCAGCAGUGCUAAGUAGUGUCUGUAAAAAUAGCAGGUUAGGACUAACAUCUGUACAUCCUUCGCAGCUUUUGAAAUGAAGUUAGGAUCUUUUAUGAUAGAAAAGAACAGAGGGAAGGACAGAGAAAUUGGAAAAAGUACCGGGAAAUAAUCUGCCAUCAAAGGUGUAAAGGUCAAUCCAAGUAAAAAUUCA